AUGCAGCUUUCUACCAUUCUUUCAACAGCAUUCGCGCUAGGCGUUGCGGCUGUAUCUCACAACGUCAACUAUACUGAAACCAGCUCCGGCAUCUCAUUCGCCGGAUACACAGAUGGAAAAUGCACUGUCGGCAUAGCCCUACCGGAGACCCCAGGCACCGACUUGAUUGCCAACAUUAUCGGCCCUCUCACAGACGGAGCAGGAUGGGCAGGGUUGGACUUCGGAAGCGCGAUGACCAGCAAGCUCCUGCUCGUUGCAUGGCCCAACGGAGACGACGUGGUUAUUUCACCUCGGCUAGCUUCCAGCUAUGUCACCCCACCAGUCUACACAGGCGAUAUCAGCCUCAUGCCCAUUGCUAAAGGAACCUUCGUCAACGACACCCACUACUCCGCCACUUUCCUGUGCAAAGAUUGCAUCACUGGCGAUGCCGACACUUUCGUCUCUACCGCGGCCAAUAUCGUCCUCGGCUACGCCUACUCGCUCACUGCCGUUACGGAUCCCACCUCUGCGUCUUCGGCAUUGUCCUACCAUGCCGCCGGCUUUGGUGGCUUCGGCAUGGCCAUGGGAUCCGCCGAAAGUGCCAACUAUGCGACGUGGGCAGCCAUGGCCUCCGCAGCAACCACUACCACUCCCAGCAAUGGAACCAGCGGGUCUAACACCACCACCCCCGUUGCCAGCAGCACCCCAGUAGCAACGACCACCUCCAAUGCCACGUAUGAUUACAUCGUGGCCGGAGGAGGCCCUGCUGGUCUUGUCGUAGCCGGCCGACUUGCUGAGACUGGUGCAUCUGUCCUUCUUGUGGAACGUGGUAGUGCUUCCUUGAAGUCGACCGGUGGUGAUGCCGUCAUGACGUGGAACUCUUCCGUCACUCAAUACGAUGUGCCAUCAAUGGCUUACUACCUGAGCACCGCUGACGAUACAAGCGAGUACUGUGACGACACCGCAUCUCAGGCUGGCUGCAUUCUGGGCGGCAGCGGCAUGGUGAACGCUCUCAUGUUCGUUCCGCCCCAGGAUGCCGAUUGGGAUGACAAGUGGCCCGCUGGCUGGACAUCCGCAGAUGUUAAGGCCGCCUCCGAACGAUUCUUCACCCGCAACCCUGGCACCGACCUGGCAUCUGCCGAUGGAAAUCGAUACGACGAUGGCGCCUACACCGUGCUGUCUUCCUUCUUGAGCGGAAACGGCUGGAGCGAGGUUGCGCCUCUGGAUGAGCCCAACAAGAAGACUGAUGUGUUUGCCCACCCUCCAUGGAACAUUCAAAACCACCUGCGUGGCGGCCCCGUCAAGACGUACCUGCCCUUAGUUGAGAACAUGGACAACUUCAAGCUCAGCUUGAACACCAAGGUCAUUCGUGCGGUUCGCAGCAACAGCACCUUCGUUUCCGGAGUCGAGGUCGAGAACUCGAACGGCAGCCGCACCAUCAUCCACGUCACCCCCAAGACCGGCAAGGUUAUUCUGUCUGCCGGCGCUUUGUCAACCCCCAAGAUCCUCUUCUACAGUGGUAUUGGCCCCACCGAGCAGAUCGAGGCUGUUCCUUCUGAUAUUACUCUUCCUCCUUCUUCCCAGUACAUCGACCUCCCCGUUGGAAAGGGUGUCAAGGAUCAUACCAUCAUCACCUUCACCAUGGGCACUAAGACUUCCUUGAGCGCUUUGGACUCAACUGCGUUCACAGACCCUGACGAGGAGUCUAUCUCCCUCUUCGCCGAAGGUUCCGGAGUCCUUAGCCAAGCCGGUCAGCGCAUCAACUUCUGGACCUCUAUCACCUCCCCCAGCGAUGGUAUCACCCGAUACCUGCAGGGAACUUGCAACAGCCCGUCCAACAACACCAUCAAAGUCAAGCUCUACGUCAUGCACGGACUCACCUCGUCUGCUGACCUUGUCCUUGACUCCACGGGCACCAUGACCGAAUUCUCCGGCUCUCCGUGGCUGCAGACGGAGGGCGACAUCGAGGCCUACACUGGCUUUUUAGACCGCCUCAUUAAGAUGACCACCACCGGCAACUCUUCGUUGACUCUACAGAUGACCGACGGCUCGGCCGUGGCCAGUGGUAUCACCGGCACCGAAUACUUUGCUGAUAUCAACUCGACCCUGACCACCGGCGCUCACUUCGUCGCAACCACCAAGAUGGGUGCCACCAAAGACGGAUCCAGCGUCGUCGACACCAACACCAAGGUCUUUGGAACCGACAACCUCUUCGUUGUCGACGCCUCGAUGCACCCCGAUCUCCCGACCGGAAACACCCAGGCUAUCGUCAUGGUUGCCGCUGAGCAGGCUGUCGAGAAGAUCCUCGCCCUUGACGGCAAGACCAUCAACGACUCUGCUGAUACCGGCUCGGGCUCCGCUACCGGAUCGGGCUCUACCACUGGCUCGGGCUCUACCGCCGGCUCGGCACCGAUCACUAUUCCUGCGUCGGCCCCGACCGCCACCGCCACCGCCACUCCAAGCGGCAAGAAAUCCAAAUGCAAGCACAGGAAGACUGCCGCAGCGCAGCACCAAGUCGCCACCCGCAACAUCCGCGUUUCGUUCGAAGACCGUCGCCGUACGAGGGACAUCUUCCAGCGCGCCAGCAAUUAA